AUCAAAAUAUAUGCCACCGAUUGCAGCUUCUUCUGGCUUUCAACACUGUGUGCAGCAUGACUUUUGCAAGAAAACGGGAGAAAAAUCUUGAGAGCUUCGUAAUUUUCCCUUUAUUUUCAUUACAAACUACAGAGUUCUGACAUUAGUAAGAUUUUCCUUUUCCUGUUCUAAUGGAAGAAAACAAGAGUUGAUACUAGUAAUUGCUAUGGGAUACAACACUGACUGAAUUCAGAGAAAGACUCUGUAGAGCCUACAUCCAGAAAUGGAGAUCUGUGUGAUAAUAAUUCAAACAUCUCAAUGUAAAUCUUGAAAGUGAGCUCAAGGGUGAAAAUGGGCUGAAAGAGGUAGUUUGCUUCCGUGAUCAGUUUAGGUGAGUCUACAUCUCUUGCAUUGGUUAUAAGUCAAUAUUAAAACAUUUCAUUAUAAACACCAGAACAAGCUGGACCUGACAGAGUAGAUGACCGAAAGAAUCCAAAAGGAGAAAUGUGGGAAAUUACUUGGUUAUCUUAGUCCGUAAGAUGGGUAAAUUUUUUUUAGUAUUUCCCUCCUGCCACUUUUGACUUUUUUAACAAGGCUAUUUGCUUCACAGAUGGCGUUGUGAGGGAAGAACUCUGAGCUUACAACACCGAAUGAAAGAUGACCUGGUCCUCUGAAGUGGCAUUGAAGUUGAAACAGGAGCAGGGUGCUAGUCAGAGCUAGAAUUUGUGCAGUAAUGGGAGAGAUGGAGAGGGAGAAUGGUGCUGUGCGAGAAAGGACCAGAAAGUUACAGAUGCAGGUUUGUUGCAGGUUGUCCAGGCUGCGUUGCUAGGCAUGUCAAUUGUGUUGCGUUCCAGGUUCCAGCCCUGUCUCCGGGUAUGCUCACUGACACUUCAAGGGCUUACCAGCGUGGUGUCAGGUGUUGCUGUUGGAACUGAAAUUUCAGACUCCUUGGUAGGCUUUUAGCUGACAGCAAUCAGCACCAGCUGAAAAUAUCUGUAGGCAUCUACAUUUUGUGCUAAUAUGAGCAAGCAUAUGACUUCAGUUUUUUUCUGCCUCAUGGUGGCUCUUAGUAUUCCAUUCAAGACUACAGAGGCAUUUUCUGUGCAUGCCUCUAUAAGUUUACUCUAUUUCAACAACACUAGCAACAGGUCUGUUUCAGAGCACUGCGUAUGUGGCCUGUAUGGAUUACAUUCUCCUCGAACUAGUGCUCGAGGGCUUGUGGGCAUUCCUAAAUCUGCUAAUCUUCAAGCCUGUGAUGAAGAUACCCAGUUCACCGUCACAGAAGCACCAUGGAUAGCACUGAUUGAAAAAGGCAACUGCAAAGUUGCUGAAAAAAUCAACGUUGCAGCCAGGAGGGGUGCGGCAGCAGCUGUGAUCUAUGGUGCACUGGACAAAGGAGCCGCCCUGAUGCCGCAUCUUGGUGCUAAAAGCAUCGUUGCAAUUAUGAUUGGCAACCUGAAAGGCAUGGAGAUCUUACAUCUGAUUGAGAGUGGCAUGAAAGUGACUAUGGUUAUUCAAGUGGGGAAGAAGCAUGGUCCUUGGAUGAACCAGUACGCCAUCUUCUUCAUCUCAGUGUCAUUUUUCAUUGUCACAGCAGCAGCAGCCAUAGGCUACUUUAUUUUACGUUCUGCUCGGAGAUUCAGGAUUGCGAGGGCCCAGUCCAGGACUCAGCGACAACUAAAGGCCAGGGCUAAGAUGGCCAUUAGCCGGUUACAGCUGCGCACCGUGAAGGAAGGGGAUGAGGAGACUGGUCCUGAUGGAGGAAACUGUGCUGUGUGCCUUGACCCGUACAAGCCGAAAGAAGUAGUGCGUGUUCUGAUUUGCAACCACCUCUUCCACAAGGACUGUAUUGACCCCUGGCUUCUGGAACACAGGACAUGCCCAAUGUGCAUAUGUGACAUACUCAAAGUUCUGGAUAUUGAGGUGGUUGUAGAAGAAGGGAUUGAGCCUGUGCAGGCCACAGUAUUUAACAGGACAACAAAUGUCCCUGAAGUUAAUGCAGAGGGUAAUCAUAGUGGAACAGUUGUACAAGAAGUAAAUACAACUGUUCCAGAGGAACGUGCACCAUCAGAAAAUGACGACAUCUGCCUUGUAAACAACGAAUCUCAGGCCCCUGCUGUGAAUGUCCUUCCACAUGCUGACAACCUGAGUUUUGAGGCAGAUGAAACGCAUGUUCCUCGAGUCCUAAGCACAUAGCCAGCAACAUGGAUGGAAGGAGCUGCCUACUGCUGUCACAUGUAUACCAAAUAUUGUAGGACUGUAUUAGAAAAAUAUUGCCUUGGCAAUGCUAGGAUUAAGUAGAUUAAAUAGACUUGUUCAAAUCAUAACUCUAUGGUUUGCCAUUUGUAAAACUGUCUCCCAUGUGCAAUUUAUUUUUAGCACUCUUCAGAUAAAGCAGUCUUGAAUAUAAAGGAAAACAUCAGAUUUUAACACUAAACCAAAAGCUCCAUCUUCAGCAAAGCUUCUCAUCAGUGUUUGAGUCGUUAGAAUAAGGAGAAGAUUCUUUGUCAUAGCUGUCUCUACUGGGGAUUGUUUUGACUUGGGGUUUUUUUGUUGUUUAUUGUUUUAAUUCAAGUGGAUUUUCAUUGUAAACAAAUUGAUUUUGAUCUGGUCUCAUACUUAUUUACCAGACACGGCUUAGUUUUAAGCAACACUGUAUUUAAUAUUUCAGUGCACUAAUUUGAUAGGAGAAAGUACAAACUAAUGCCUGUCAAACUGGAUUUUGCCCAUAGUGUCUUUGGUCCUCUAGUAAACAGACUGAUUCUCUACCUCUCAACUCCAACCUGCCAACCACACAUUCCUAAAGGGAAAAGAGAGCUGUAAGCUGACAGGCCAAAUCCGACUUGCACAAUACUGUAAAGGGAAAGGGAACAAUUGCAGGAACUUUUCAAACAUGUUUAAUAUUAGACAAUCUUGAAAGAUCCUCCAUGAUUUUUGGAGUUAAAACCAUUCUAGCACCAGCAGUAUGCCAGAGUCCUGGCUUUGUGAGAGCCUGGGACGACUUCAGGAAGACUGAACUACAGAUGAAAAGAUAAGAUUCUCUGCAAAGGAUCUGCUGUGUUUUGAUGAGAAACUGAUCCAGCCUCUGAAAAAUGCUGAACUGUUGCUGUGCAUUGUCUCGCCUGUGUGCUAAAGCUGCAGGGAGAGGAGAUGUCUGGUAAACGUAACAGAUGAUUGGAGAAGCUGUCUGCCGUCUGCGGGGAGUUGAACUGGCGUCAAGGAGGAACACUGGGUGCCUCAACAGUAACUGUAGGUCCUUGCCCGGCGAAGGUAACUAAGGACAUCUUACAGAUGCACUUUAUUUUUUUUAUCUCUAUCUAUGGUUUGUUUCUAAUGUGAGCAGAACUUUGUCUUAAAGCCUGCAAUAAAGUACUAUUGAAUCUGGAGGGGAAAAACAAUGCAUUUUUUUUUUUAGCUAUAGUAUAAUAAAAAUUGUUGUAAAUAUUUAAUGAUUUGUAUUGAAUUUGAAUAUGAAAAUUUAAAUAAAACUAUAUUUUUAUGACCCUGA